AUCGGCUCAGACUUAAGAUUGAAUCAGAAAUCAAAUUAGUUGAGUGUUUUCUUCAUUGCUUAGCGAACGUGUCGCUCCUUUAAGAAUAUGAUAUUACUGAAUUGCCUAGUAAUAUGCCUGUGCAUAUUGUCGUGUGGAGCGCAGGACACUUCUUUGGAUAAAUUGAUAUCGGACAUCUUUAAAACCGGCGACGCCACAGCAUCACCCACUCCCAGUCCCAAUCCUAAUCCCAAUCCCAAUCCCAAUCCCCCCCCUCCCAAUCCCCCUCCCACUCCUGUGGUAAACCCUAAGGAUUCGUCCGGUAACACAGGAUCCGAGAACGGAGGAUCCGAAUCAGCUCAGUACCAGUCCUGUGGCGAUCAAAAGGAGUGUGUUCCCCGUUGGUUGUGUGCGAAUAACACGAUUAACAACGAUGGCGAAGGUAUCAUAGAUAUUCGAAUUGACACGGGUUCGCCAUGCCAAAACUACUUGAAUUUGUGCUGUGAUCUACCCAACAAGAGAAAAGACCCGAUUUUCGUUUAUAAACCGGAUCAUCCCGAAGGCUGCGGAUACCAGAAUCCCCAAGGUGUUGGCUUUAAAAUCACAGGAGCUGUCAAUCAGGAGGCCGAGUUCGGCGAAUUCCCCUGGAUGCUGGCAAUUCUGCGUGAAGAAGGCAACCUUAACCUGUACGAAUGUGGAGGAGCUCUCCUAGCUCCCAAUGUGGUUCUGACCGCGGCCCAUUGCGUUCACAACAAACAGCCAAGUAGCAUUGUUGUAAGAGCUGGCGAAUGGGAUACGCAAACGCAGAAUGAGAUCAGAAAUCACGAGGACCGAUAUGUCAAGGAAAUCAUCUACCAUGAGCAGUUCAGCAAAGGAACCCUAUUCUACGAUGUGGCUGUGAUGCUGUUGGAAGGACCAUUUACCCUCCAGGACAACAUCCAAACCGUUUGCUUGCCCAACGUGGGUGAUACUUUCGAUUUCGAUCGCUGUUAUGCCACCGGCUGGGGCAAGAACAAGUUCGGCAAAGAUGGCGAGUACCAGGUCAUCCUGAAGAAGGUGGACAUGCCCGUGGUGCCCAAUCAGCAGUGCCAGGCGAAUCUGCGCGAAACUCGCCUCGGCAGGCACUUCAAUUUGCACGAGAGCUUCAUUUGCGCCGGCGGUGAAAAGGAUAAGGACACCUGCAAGGGCGAUGGGGGCUCCCCACUGGUGUGUCCAAUCGCUGGCCAGACGAACCGCUUCAUGUCAGCCGGCAUUGUCGCCUGGGGUAUCGGAUGCGGCGAAGAGAACAUUCCCGGAGUGUAUGCCAACGUGGCCAAACUUCGUCCUUGGAUCGACUCCAAGUUGAAGAUUUGGAAUAUUGACCCUAGGCACUAUACACCUUAAGAGCAAACUGUGAAAAUUUAAAAUGAAUAUCAAAAAGUGGGGUUUUAUCCACAUAUACAAUGCUCUCACUUAAUAUACAUAUGCCCAAUAUGUUAAUACUCAAACUUA